GCGCACUGGCCUUCUAAUCUAUCGUGCCCCUCCUGCUGGAUUCACAGGCCUGUCCUCCUGCAGUAAGCGUAGCGUAUUGAGCGGAGGAAUACACGCACUUUUAAAACUGCAUGUGUUAUAUCAACCUGCCAGUGCCUAGUUGUGUUGAAAUAAACUACAGACAAUACAGUAAUCUGAAGAGGCCUUUAGCUUUCUUUCUCCGUCCCGGGACAGGAGUCAAGACGUGGGUGUAUAGUUUACCGUUAAGCCGCGAUAGUCAUGGCGGAGUUGCAAUUUCCAAACUUUCUUUGGUGAUCAAACCCUGCAUCAUUGUGAUGGAGCACAUCCAGGGGUCCUGGAAGACCCUGAGUAAUGGCUUGGGCCUAACAGACUCUGGGUUUGAGGAUCCCUGUUCACCUACAAUCAUCAAGAGCUUCCCAUACCAGAGACGCUCCUCAGACGACAGCAAGAUGGGAGACCUCAAGACCUCCAGCACUAUUAGAGUCUACCUGCCCAACAAACAGCGCACUGUGGUGAAUGCCCGGCCAGGUAUGACUCUCCACAACUGUCUGUUCAAGGCUCUGAAGGUGCGAGGCCUCCAGCCGGAGUACUGUGCUGUGUUUAGACUACACCCAGGGCAGAGAAGCAGGAAGUCCAGGAUGGACUGGAAUACUGAUGCAACCUCGUUGAUAGGGGAGGAGUUACUGGUGGACGUUCUAGACCACGUUCCUCUCACCACACACAAUUUUGUCAGAAAGACAUUUCUAAAGCUGGCAUUCUGUGACAUCUGUCAGAAGUUCCUGCUCAAUGGGUUCCGCUGUCAGACGUGUGGCUACAAGUUCCAUGAACAUUGUAGCACCAAAGUGCCCACCAUGUGUGUGGACUGGAGCAACAUCAGACAGCUGCUCCUGUUCCCCACUCCUGGGGAGAUGUGUGGUUCUACUCUCCCUCCCCUCACAUCACGGCGAAUGAGAGAUUCCCUCUCCAGAUUCCCUGUCAGCUCCCAGCACCGACACUCAACCCCUCAUGCCUUCGACUUCCACCUGUCUGCUGGUCCUGUAUCAGAAGCUGAGCCGGUCGUCCUUUCCCACCGCUUGAGAUCCACCUCAACCCCUAACGUACACAUGGUCACCACCACCUCCAUACCACUGGACACCACUGCCUUCCAGGAUGCCAUUAAAAGUCAUGAAUCUGAGAGCCCUCCUGACCUCAGCCCAACAGGCUGUUCCAUGUCUGGGCAAUGUCGUGCUCCUGCUCCCGCGCCCAGGGAGCGAGCUGUCUCCUCCAACGCUCAGGACAAACACAGAAUCCGGCCCAGAGAUAAGCGGGACUCUUCAUACUACUGGGAGAUCGAGGCCAGUGAGGUGGUACUCCAAAACCGGAUCGGAUCAGGCUCCUUUGGGACAGUCUAUAAAGGGAAAUGGCAUGGUGACGUUGCAGUGAAGAUCCUGAAGGUGGUAGAUCCUACACCAGAACAGUUUCAAGCCUUCAGAAAUGAAGUGGCUGUUCUCAGGAAGACACGCCACGUCAACAUCCUCCUCUUCAUGGGGUACAUGACCAAAGACAACCUGGCCAUUGUGACCCAGUGGUGUGACGGCUCCAGCCUCUACAACCAUCUCCAUGUCCAGGAGACCAGCCUGCAGAUGUUUCAGCUGAUGGACAUUGCCAGGCAGACAGCACAGGGCAUGGAUUACCUACAUGCCAAGAAUAUUAUUCAUCGGGACAUGAAGUCCAACAAUAUCUUCCUCCAUGAGGGCCUGACCGUAAAGAUUGGAGACUUUGGACUGGCCACGGUGAAGGCUCGCUGGACGGGCUCACAUCAGGUGGAGCAGCCUUCUGGGUCGAUACUAUGGAUGGCUCCAGAGGUGAUCCGGAUGCAGGACAACAACCCCUACAGUUUCCAGUCAGAUGUCUAUUCCUAUGGAGUGGUGCUCUAUGAACUCAUGACGGGACGACUGCCAUACAGCAUGAUGGCCACACGGGACCAGAUCAUCUUCAUGGUUGGGAGAGGUUACCUCUCCCCAGACCUCAGUAAGCUGUACAAGAGCUGUCCUAAGGCCAUGAAGAGACUGGUAGCUGACUGCAUCAAGAAGUCAAAAGAGGAGAGGCCCCUUUUCCCUCAGAUCCUGUCUUCCAUUGAGUUGCUGCAGCAUGCUUUACCUAAGAUUAACCGCAGCACCUCCGAGCCGUCGCUCCAUAGAGCAACACACACCGAGGACAUCAACAUCUGCACUUUGACCUACACUCGUCAGCCCGCCGCGGUCUUCUAGAAUGACAUUCCAGCCCGCCGCAAUCUUCUAGUACAACUUGCCAGCCCAUCACGAUCUCCUAGAAUGAUUUGCCAGCACGCCAUUGUCUUCUAGUACGACAGGCCAGCCUGCCAUUGUCUUCUAGUACGACAGGCCUGCCUGCCAUUGUCUUCUAGUAUGACAGGCCAGCCCGUCACAAUCUCCUAGAAUGACACGCCAGCCCGCCAUGGUCUCCUAGAAUGACACGCCAGCCCUCUGCGGUCUUCUAGAAUGACACGCCAGCCCUCCGCGGUCUUCUAGAAUGACACGCCAGCCCUCCACGGUCUUCUAGAAUGACACGCCAGCCCUCCGCGGUCUUCUAGAAUGACACGCCAGCCCUCCACGGUCUUCUAGAAUGACACGCCAGCCCUCCGCGGUCUUCUAGAAUGAUAUGCCAGCCCUCCGCGGUCUUCUAGAAUGACACGCCAGCCCUCCGCGGUCUUCUAGAAUGAUAUGCCAGCCCUCCGCGGUCUUCUAGAAUGACACGCCAG